AUGGAUUGUGAUCUUAAUAUAGUGAACUAUCCUGAUAGCUUUAUCACCUCCGCAAUACCUGGUGGCAAUAGGAAGCGGGCCUUUAGUAAUCCUCACAUUGGAAUUAUCGGAGGAGUUGGAGGAGGAUUAGGAGCCGGAGGACUCAGUGUUGAUCCCGGCGCCUUUAUGCAUCGCCUAAACCCACAGCUUUAUUACUACAACAAAUCCCAGUCGGGGAGAAGUUCCUUCUGCGUGGACGAAUCCUUGUGGCCAACGAAUCCGAAUCAUAAUGCCCGAGCCAGUGAUACGAAUCUGUAUAUGGGUUCCAGCACCGAUGAGGAUUACGAGGAGGCAAUUGAUCAGUUUUCACCAACACUAUAUACCCGCACAGGAGCGAGUCGUGCGAUUCCUAUACCCACAAGUGCCGGGAAUAGUCCACAGCAUCAACUGCAUCCACAUCUGAAUCCUCAUCCUGGAAGGAUCGCCACGGGUAUUAAUUCAGCGGCGGCGGCAGCUGCUUUCAGUGCCAGUCCCUCGAUCUAUGCCUAUCCACACUCACCGUUCUAUGCCAGUUCACCGGAGACAUCCUCGCUGUCAUCGUCGGCACAGAUGUCCGGAAUGCCAACAGGACAUCCUGGCCCCAGUUCCCGCAUAUCCUUCAGCUAUGAUCCUGCCUUCCAGCGUUUGCAAGUGCCCAAAACACGAUCGCCGCUGGAAUGUGCCAGCGUUCUUGCCGCCGUUGCUGCGGCUGCCACUUGCGGUGAUGCACAGCAGAUGGGAUUGGCCACUCCUUGCAACAG